UUAUACUCUUUUUGGUGCUGGGGAUGUCUUUGGCCUAUCCUCAAGAUUUGUCGGGAAAGAUGUUCACGUUCCCUUUAGAGACCAGCUGGGCUCAUGUGAGAAUAACCACAUCCAGACAGCACCUGGCAGCGACCACUGUCUGCUUCAGAUAUUUCACAGACCUCACCAAAGAGUUCGGCAUGUUCUCGAUGGCCACGUCCUCUCACCAGAACAGCUUCACUAUCUUCAAAAAGGCGCGUACAGACCAUUUCCAGGUGUUUGUGAGGGAUGCCCUUGCUGAGUAUUACGGGCAAGAAUACAAGAUUAACACAUGGCAGUCUCUUUGCUCCACCUGGGACUCCAGCACCGGUCUCACCCAACUCUGGCUCAACGGAAUCCCCUCCGCCAGGAAGUUCAUCACUACUUCAGAGAUUAAUGGACCCAUCAUUAUCGUACUGGGCCAGGAGCAAGACAGUCAUGGAGGAGGAUUUGACAUAAAACAGUCUUUUGUGGGGAUGACAGCUGACCUGCACAUGUGGGACUACGCUCUGUCUCCAGUUCAGAUUCUCAACUACAGCCACAAUAUCACUGUUCCUGAGGGCAACCUCCUCAGAUGGGGGUCCCUGGAGUUUCAGAAGACCAGCAGAGUUGAGAUCGAAGAUGCAAUGUUUUAGUUCAUCCUGAAAUAAAGGCUUGAUGUAAUCAUUUUUAAUCAGAGAUGAGUAGUAUAGUCAAACAUUGUACACAGGUGAGAGUUUUGUUACUUCAAGACUAUUUCAUCAACUAAGUACAAAUUACUGGUCCCAGAUUUUACUUUGAGGAUACUAUUAUUCAGGUAGGAGUAACUGUAAAAGUAACUGUCUGGAUGGACGGACAUUCAGUACUGCACACGAUAUGGCAUUUGGACCACAAAAAUGAACUAAAUCAUAUUUGAAGAAACAGUGCAAGGAA